CACAUGCAAAUGCAAAGAUGACGAUGCAACACUCUUCACUUUCUCUCUCCCAAACCAAAAUCCAUGGCUGCAAACCCUUUUCCCCUUUCAUGCUCCAAAACCCACAUUCUCCGUCUCCCCGCCCCUCCCAAGCCGCCGCUUCUCUGCCACCGCCACUCUCUGCUCUGUCGCCGUUACCGUUACAGUUACAGUUACACUUACAGUUACCCUUCUUGCGCUCCGUCACUCACAUGUAAAGCCGCCCAGGUUUCUGUUGCCGAGGAGUCAUCGGCGUCCGGUGACAACUGGGUUCCGGUUGUUCCGCUGGCGGCGCUGCCGAGGGGGGAGCGGCGUGUGAUCAUUCAGGACGGCGAGACCAUACUGCUGCUGUGGUACAAAGAUCAAGUUUUUGCCAUUGAAAAUAGGUCCCCUGCUGAAGGCGCCUACACCGAAGGCUUGCUCAAUGCCAAGCUCACCCAGGAUGGGUGCAUAGUUUGCCCAUCAACUGAUAGCACAUUUGAUCUGCGAACAGGAGAUAUCAAAGAAUGGUAUCCAAAAAAUCCUGUUCUGAGAGUUCUCACACCCGCUUUGAGGAAACUCUUUACCUAUCCUGUGAAAAGUGAUGAACAAAAUAUCUACAUCAGCCUGAGAGGUGGGAAAACCGAUGCUUCUGCAGAAAUUGUCUUUAGCGGGAAGGCUCAACCUGGUGUAACUGCAACUGAUGUCAAUGUUGAAGAGGUUAAAAUGGUUGUUGAUGAGGAUCAAGAGGGAUUUGGUUUUACUGGGAAGAAUGAAAUAAUAAAUGGGAGAGCAGCUGUUAUUGGUUUCCUCCUGUUGUUGGAUUUUGAACUUUUAACAGGUAAGGGUCUUUUAAAGGGAACAGGUUUCUUGGACUUCUUAUACUCCGUCUCUAAUGCUUUCAAUUAGACAUCAUCUGUGUUAUAUCAGCUACGAAAAUAUUCAUCUGACCCUCAGCAGGAUAAUAUGUCCUGUUAGUGUUCGCAUUUCCAUUUUGUAAGUUCUGUAUCUAGUAUUGAGUUUAGAUCUUGGUAAAUGUACAACCUUUUGUUUUGUGUUUUGAUGUUACUCUCUGUAUACCAUACACAUUUUUAAAGGUCAUAAAUGACAGUGGCAUUUCAAAA